CAUUGAUUGAUCUCCACUACACUCCCCGCUGACCAAGAGAAAACAUUUGAUAUCGAAGGCGAGUGGGGAUUUAAAUGACGUGAAUAACGGUCACAUUUCGGAGCUAGGGUCCCCGGUGGAGCGAGCGAGCAGCCGGUAUCGCCGUUUGCCGAGCGUUCGUCGACAGAAUACGGCGUUUUGUGUCUGCUUUAACGUCGCCACUGGUGGACUUGUUUUCUCUCAGCCGGAGCUUGCUUCCUGUUAGCUUUGUGCUAGCAUGAUGCUAAUGGAGGUGCUAGUAUAGUUUGCGAGCAUCGCCAAAGGGCUGCAUCGCCGCAGCUCGGCGUACCGUCAGUCAUGGAUCCCCCCAGGACCAGAUCUCGUUCUCGAUCUGGCUUCUAUCAUUUUGCAAUGAGCACCACCCCUGGAGGCAACACCGGUGGCAACACGCUCGGUAACGGGAGCAUGGUGAACGCCACCGGUGGAGGAGCGAUGAGCUACCCGCAGCAGAGCGGCGCCGGCUGGGCAUCGCACCACGGCGGCCGGGGCUACCCGGACAGCCAGCAGCAGCAGCAGCAGCAGCAACCACCCGGAGGCUACCUGUCCUCGGGGGCGCAGCGACACGGGGCCCACCGGCACCCUGGAACUGGAGGAGUGCUGCAUUUCCACCCAGAUAAUGUUUUCACUGAGGAUCGGGACAAAAUGGAAGACAGCCCAAGCCCAAAAAGGCAGCGUCUUUCCCAGCAGUCCUUUUUAGAGCUAAGCUCCGCCCCGCCCUCCACCCCGCCCUCUCCCAUUCGCCCCUGGGAGCUACCCCCCAGUCGCAGACCGCACGGCCACUACGCCCCUGAGAGAUGCCACACGCCCGUACGCAACCGACGAAGCCCCCAGAUGCGCCGCCCCCGUGGCCGAAGAGACCGCCUGACACGCCACCACCACACGCACAGCCACCACCCCCACCCACACCACCAUUACAACAGCAACAGCAGCCACCACCACCAGCACCACCACCACCUGCACUCCCACCACGCUGGCCUGCCGUCAGCCGGCCACCAGGACGAGAACUACCGUCACCCGGCCCCCCCCCAGGGCUACCCUCCCUACGGCCAGCAGCCCCCCAGAGGGCCCGGCGGGAUGGAGGAGCGCCAAGGUUACCAUCCCCCCAACCACUCCCCGAGGCCUCUCCACCCGUCGUCAAACCUGUCACCGCGACUCCUGCACCCUGCGGCGCACCCGCAGCACCCCCACCCGUCACAGCAGCAGCAGCAGCAGAGUGGGGGGGUGCUGGAGCUCCAAGAGCAGGGCUCGGCCCCCGUAUCGUAUCCCGUGUCCCCCCCGGGGGCGCCGCCUGGCCUGCCGCCUCGCUCCGCCCCGCAACAAAUCCCAGCAUGCUCGGUAGUCUUCAGUGGACAGCACUACCCCGUCUGCAGCGUCCCCCCUCCUGUCCUGCAGACCUGCUCCGUGCAGCACCUUCCCAUUCCCUACCCCUUCCCCUCUCUGCUGUCCAGCGACCCCACCUUCCUCCUCCCUCCUCCUCCCCACCUCCCCCACCCUCCCACGCACCUUUCCCACCACCCCCCUCACCUGCCGCAACCUGGCCAGUUUGGACCCUACACCACGCAGCAGGCCCGAUCGCCGUUACAGAGGAUAGAGAAUGACGUGGAGCUGCUGGGAGAACACCUGUCCUUGGGGGCGGGGCUCCACUACCCCCCCGCCACCCACCCGGCCCUCACCCCGCACUCCACCCAGCUCCACUUCCUCUCCCACGAGCCUCUGCCUCAGGAGUUCUUCGGGGUGUCCUACCCGAACUUCAUCCCCCGUCGUCUCGCGGGCCGACGGUACCGCUCACAGCAGCCACUACCGCCUUCGCCUUACCACCCGAGCCUCCUGCCUUACUUCCUGUCAAUGCUGCCGGUCCAGCCCACUGGUCCUGCAAUCAGUCUGGAGCUGGAUGUGGACGAUGGAGAAGUGGAAAAUUACGAGGCCCUCCUCAAUCUGGCCGAGCGUCUCGGGGAGGCCAAACUCAGGGGGCUGACCAAGGGGGACAUCGAGCAGCUUCCCUCCUACCGCUUCAACCCAAAUAACCACCAGUCGGAGCAAACGCUGUGCGUCGUGUGCAUGAGUGACUUCGAGUCCCGCCAACUGCUGCGAGUUCUUCCCUGCAGCCACGAGUUCCACGGCAAGUGUGUGGACAAGUGGCUGAGGGCCAAUCGGACGUGUCCCAUCUGCCGAGCAGACGCCUCGGAGGUCCAGAGAGACUCCGAAUGAUCCCCGCGACGCGCUUGGACACAAAUGUCUUUGUAGACACGGUCAGCACUGCCUGCCACAUCGCUUUCAUAGAUGAGCAUCGUUGCUCACACACACACACACACACACGUCAUUCCCUCAGUGGUGUCCGUUGCGCACUCCUCCUUCGUGUGUGUGUGUGUGUGUGUGUGUGAGUGUGUGUGUGUGUGAGACCUAUGACAACUCGUCACGACUGACUGCGCUGCGUUCCUGCACUACUCGUGUCUAUGUACAGUAUCUUGUGCGUUAAAUGAUUUUCUCUCCGCUCCAACUCUUCUUCUCAGUUAACCUUGUAGAAAGCUGAUGAUGGAUUAUGAAUGAAUGUUUCCUUUUUUUUUUUACCUGAAUGAGCGAGUGGUUGUCCUGCCUGGCAUUUACCUCAUUCCUGUCUUCACUCAUUACGAGCACUUCACAGCACUCCUUUCUAAUGAAGCACAUGACAUAUACAUAUAUAUAUAUAUAUAUUUUUGCUUUCCUUUUAUUUUCUUAGUUGGUGACUUUGCAGUGGCACAUGUUCUAUAGAUAUAUAUCUAUAAAUAUACAGUAUAUAGUGUAUAAAUGUAUGAACAUCUGUAUACCAAAUAAAAGGCUUGAUAUGAACUUUUUCAACUUUAAA